CUUUUGUACAUGUACAUUUUUGAUUUCUCUCAAAUCCGGUUCUGCUGGAUUAUUCAACAAAAAGAAUGUUUGCGGUUAUUGAAUUUGGAGGUUCGGAAGAGAAUAAAACAGCUGUUGUGAGACGCGAAUGGUUAACACCAGCCAAAAAAGAAGUUUUUUGGCCGCCCUUUAAAAUGUCAACGCAGUUCAACAAGGCACUAAUAGACGGUGUUGCACCUGAUGAAAGUAAAUGGACCCUGUUUCCCGUGAGGCGAUGCCUUUAUACUAGUGAUGAACUAUUGAAGGCACGAGAGAAGGAAAGAUUGGCCGAAAAAGAAUCUGACUUACAAACAGAAGGUGAUGAUGUAUUGGUAUUAGAUGGAAGAAGAAAGAAACGGAAAAUCACAAAAAAGAUAUUUUUUUCCAGCAGUGAUUCAUCUGGAGAUGAAUGCUCACAAAAUGUCAAGAAAACUCUUUUCUCGAAAGACCAAUAUUGCUAUCCUGCUCGUGCUCCAUCUCCGCCAAUGAGCCAGUCUCAGAGAGACUCUACCUCUCCACAAUUAUUUGCAACACCAUUGUCCUCAGUAAUAUCGAGUCCUGCAAAUUCCUCUAUUGAGAGAACAACUGUGACUCAGUCUGGAUUGAAUGUGGUUGCAAAUCGCAUUGCGAAAUUGGAAUUGGAAAUUGUCAAAUUGAAAGAAUAUUUGGAAAAUAUUCUUCCUCAAAUAGCUGGACUAAACAAGCAACAACCUUCUACCGAAACAUUGACAACAACCUCAAUUCCUCCUCUCCCCUGUAAUGAGAAGGAGGAAGUAGAGAAUCUCGAAGUGUGGCUGGAAUCUGAGCAAAACCAAAACUUCCUAGUUCAAUAUCUUGGUCGGGUAGGGGGCAAAACAGUAGAUUAUGUUGUCAGAAAAACACUAGCUCGAUAAUUCUCGAACAAACUGGCACAAUCUUAUAAUUGGACGGGAAAAAAUGGCAAGAAUGCUUUGCUUCAGUUGAAAAUUAAAGACAUAAUUUUCCGUGUUGUUCGCAAUAAUAAGCAGACCGAAUCAGGAAGUGAGUUCGACAUAAUUGAAAAAGCCAAAAGUUGGUUUCGAUUUGCCAAAGAUUGUGAUGGAGGACGGGAGGAGAGACGUAAAAGUAAAGCUAAUUGAGUUGAAACAAAGUCUGUGUAAGCAAAUGUAUCUCUAAAAUAUUAGUUUAUUCAGAAGUUUGGCUGAAAACUAUGAAAGCUAUGUUUACAUGUGUGGUAUAAAGCUAUGUUAUACAGAGGGGUGCAAAAGUAGGUAUACAGUAAUUAAAUAUGUUGAAAAAUAAGUAGGUUUAUUUCUACAAAAACUAAACUUUUACAAUCUAUUUUAAGAGCGUUAAGAAACAGAAAUCAACUCUUAAAAGUGUUGUACUUCACCAAUAGGCCUACACUUACUUCCUUUUGUGUUCAAAUUGUUUGCAUUCACAGUCAACACACUGUAUACCUACUUUUGCACCCCUCUGUAUAUUAUUCCUUGACUUUAAAAAUUCUUCAGCAAUCUCUUCAAACUAAAAUUGCUAGUUUUAGUUCAUAUUACAUCAACAAUGACUUAUGAAUUGAGUAAGAGGCAACAACAAAGGUGGUGUAGGAAAAGGACGCAUGAAAUUGAAAAUGAGAUAGUUGAAUCAAUUAUUGAUAAAAUACCACCUAGUAUUAAAUCACCAAGACUUGUCAAUGAAUCCGCUCUUCAUAUUUAUCCAGAUAAAGAUGUAUUUCCCAAUCGAGAUCAAGACAUAUUUUCUGAUUCAAAUAGUUCAACAAUAGAUACUGAUACUGAUAGCUCAAAAACAGAAUCUAUUGCAACUGAGGUAACACCAUCCCCAAAAAUCAAAGAUCAGUUGAGCUCUUGGGCCUUGAAAUAUGGUAUCCCCAAUGUGGCCACAACAGAAUUGUUGCACCUAUUGAAAAAUUUUAUUCCAGCUCUUCCUCUAGAUUCCAGAACAUUGGUACACACUCCUAGGAAUAGUAAUGAUAUUCAAGAAUGUUGUGGGGGUCGGUUCAAGUAUUUUGGGCUUCAAAGUAUUUUAAAAGAAAAACUAAAUAUGAAAAUCAAUUCAAUAUAUUAUCCAUGUAUGAAAGAGAUUGCUGAUGAAUUUUCAAGUCAAGGAAUAAUGUUAAUAACUAUUUCCGUAAAUGUUGAUGGACUACCUAUAACUUCCAGCUCAACAACAGCGUUCUGGCCCAUAUUAGGAAUUGUAGAUCAAGUUGAUGAUAGGCAACCCUUCAUAAUUGGGAUUUACUGUGGGAAGCAUAAACCUUCUAGUGCUAAUGAAUUUCUACAACCAUUUGUAAAUGAAUGCCUUGAUCUUGAGAGAAAUGGUAUCAUGGUCAAUGAUGUGAAAUUUGCUUUUAGAGUUAGCUGUAUAAUAGCUGACGCUCCUGCUCGGCAAUUUGUAAAAUGUAUUGUGUCUCAUUGCUCCUCUCAUGGUUGUGAAAAAUGUAUUCAAGAGGGCACUAGUUUUAAUAGAAGAAUGAUUUGGGAAAUUGAAAAAUCUCAUCCAAGAACAAAUGAAAGUUUCAAUAGUUUAGAGUACAUAGAUGAACAUCAACGUGGUCACACUGUAUUAUCUGAAAUAUCUAUUGGACUAGUUUCCAAUGUUCCCCUUGACUAUUUACACUUAUUAUGCUUGGGUGUCAUGAAAAAGCUGAUUAGAAUAUGGGUAGAAAAAGGUCCAAGAAAAUGUAAACUGAGAGCAUGUUCAAUUGAUACUAU